CAUGAAGCCAGGGACAUUAUUCGCGAUGCUACUAAUGCCUCAGAGCAUGAUGCAGUUCUUUUUGUGGGAAAUGGAACAACUGGAGCUGUGCAUCACCUGAUACAUGCCCUAGAUUUACCAAAACCUCCUAUUGUAUAUGUGGGUCCACAUGAACAUCAUUCAAAUCUUCUUCCCUGGAGGGAAAUUGCUGCCAAGGUGAUACAAAUAGAAGAAACAGAAGAUGGAAGUGUGGAUCUGUGUGACUUGGAGAACAAAUUGCGAGAGCACCACAAAGGGGACAGGCAGCUAAUAGGAUGUUUCGCAGCUGCGUCAAACAUAACUGGUAUAUUGUCAGAAGAUCUGGCCAUAUCAGCCCUUCUUCAUUCUCAUGGAGCACUUGCCUUCUGGGACUAUGCUGCUGCUGCUCCAUAUGUAAAGGUGGAUAUGAAUCCAGUAGUUCCUGGACCAUAUCUGGGAUUGGUGUACAAGGAUGCCCUGUAUUUCUCUAUGCACAAGUUUGUAGGAGGAGUUGAGACACCUGGCAUUUUGAUUGCAAAGAAGAAUCUAUUCAGGAAUAUUGUGCCUGAAACAUGUGGAGGGGGCACAGUUUUCUUUGUCACCAAAGAGGAUCAUCGUUACCUCAAGGACAUUGAGAAUCGUGAAGAAGGAGGCACACCAGCAAUCAUUCAAAGCAUCAGAGCAGGGCUCGCAAUGCAGCUCAAGAUGAAAGCUUGGAAUGCAUGGAAUGAUGUUGAAGAGCUGGUGAUCCUUGGAAGUCAAUGGAAGACUCGAUUGGCAAUCUUCUCCUUUUUAGUGAAGCCUUUCCCCAAGAGAAACUUGUUCUUGCAUUACAACUUUAUAUGUGUCCUUCUCAAUGACCUGUUUGGAAUUCAAGCAAGAGGUGGCUGUGCCUGUGCUGGACCUUAUGCUCAGAAUCUUCUUGGCAUAGAUGUCAAAAUUGCUCAUCAAUAUGAAUGUCUCCUCCUUGAAGACAGACUCCUUGUGAUUGGCUGUUUCAGUCGUCUGGACAGAACCCACCUCCGAAGGCAUGAAGAGGGGACUGAUAAUGAGUCAUUGAGGCCAGGAUUUGCUCGCAUCAACUUGAGCUACUUCAGUUCUGCAGAGGAGAUUGAUUUCAUAAUUGAAGCUGUGAAAUUGAUAGCUAAAGAUGGCUGGAAGCUUCUGCCUUUGUAUCGCUUCAAUCUACAGACAGGGGAAUGGUUGCAUCAUACAGAAACUGCUUUCAAGGACCGAAAAUGGCUGAGUCGUCUUCAUUUCCAUGAUGGUGAAGUGGGACAUGACCUGGUGCCUGAGCUACCCACUUCAAGGCAGCCACCAGCAACAUAUACUGAAUGUAUGAAUGAGGCCACAUCCAUCUUCACUGAUGCAUCUAAGCUGGUGGCCCAUCGGAAGCUUCCUGAUGAGUCUGUUUUGUUCUCAGACGAAGUAAACAAGUGGCGUUGGUUCCUACUUCCUAGUGAAGCAAGAGACAUCUUGAUGCAUUUGGGGAAGAUAUCUUCUCUGCCAGAGGCACCAUUCACCCCUAGAACAUACCAUCAAGUGGAUGACUCUCAAUCAAAGAACCAUGAGUCCUAUUGGACAGAUUUCCAUGAAGGAAUGUAUGACCCCUUGAAUGAACUUCACACAUCUGCUCGGAGUCAGUUGGCAUCCUUUGUCAAGCAUCAAGAGCAACAUCACCAAGAUGACCGAGUCCAAGAGUCUCAUCAUGAUGGAAAAUCCUUUCUGAACAGUGUUCAAAGUGUCUGGAAGCACUUCAAGCCACCCAAGGAAAAAAAGACAGUAGAUUUGAAAUUAGGUAACAGGAGAAAAUUCUCAUGUCCAGAUGAAAACCUUGAGUUCUUAAGAAAAGGAGAGGAAGGAGGAAAGACUCAUGAGAGGGGACUACAUAAAUCCUCAGAAGAGAUCCAUAUACCAGUGGAGCAAAUGCAGUGGCAUUCUCCUCCUAAAUCCAUCAUCAAAUCUGCUCUUGAGGUAAUGGAGUAUCCUCACCUCACUAAUUCGUACCCCACAGAACUUCAUGAAAGAUUCUUCAUACAGGCAUUGGAGGAGUACCAGAUGAUUCAAGGAGGAGAUCGUGUCCUGGUCUGCUUGUCUGGAGGAAAAGACUCCAUGUCCUUGCUUCAUACCCUUCGACAGUAUCAGUUCAUAGCAAAGGCUCAACGAUUGUAUUUCUCACUGGGAGCAGUAACAGUGGAUCCAGGAAGCAAGGCCUACAAUCCCCGCCCUCUCAUCCCAUAUCUUCAUAGUCUUGGAAUACCAUACUUCUAUGAGGAGCAAGAGGCACCAUUCACCCCUAGAACAUACCAUCAAGUGGAUGACUCUCAAUCAAAGAACCAUGAGUCCUAUUGGACAGAUUUCCAUGAAGGAAUGUAUGACCCCUUGAAUGAACUUCACACAUCUGCUCGGAGUCAGUUGGCAUCCUUUGUCAAGCAUCAAGAGCAUCAUCACCAAGAUGACCGAGUCCAAGAGUCUCAUCAUGAUGGAAAAUCCUUUCUGAACAGCGUUCAAAGUGUCUGGAAGCACUUCAAGCCACCCAAGGAAAAAAAGACAGAAGAUUUGAAAUUAGGUAACAGGAGGAAAUUCUCAUGUCCAGAUGAAAACCUUGAGUUCUUAAGAAAAGGAGAGGAAGGAGGAAAGCCUUAUGAGAGGGGACUACAUAAAUCCUCAGAAGAGAUCCUUAUACCAGUGGAGCAAAUGCAGUGGCAUUCUCCUCCUAAAUCCAUCAUCAAACCUGCUCUUGAGGUAAUGGAGUAUCCUAACCUCACUAAUGCAUUGGAGGAGUACCAGAUGAUUCAAGGAGGAGAUCGUGUCCUGGUCUGCUUGUCUGGAGGAAAAGACUCCAUGUCCUUGCUUCAUACUCUUCGACAGUAUCAGUUCAUAGCAAAGGCUCAACGAUUGUAUUUCUCACUGGGAGCAGUAACAGUGGAUCCAGGAAGCAAGGCCUACAAUCCCCGCCCUCUCAUCCCAUAUCUUCAUAGUCUUGGAAUACCAUACUUCUAUGAGGAGCAAGGUCAGCAGACUUAUGCUUCCCCUUGGUAUGGUAUUGGAAUAGAGAUUGUGAAGCAAGCAGAGUACAUAGAAGAUUUGAACUCCAUCUGCAGUUUUUGCAGCCGCAUGAAGAGAGGCCGCAUAUAUACAACAGCUCGUAGGGAGGGCUAUAAUGUUGUGGCCUUGGCUCACCAUUUAGAUGACUUGGCAGAGAGCUUUCUCAUGUCUGCCUUCCACAAUGGAAGACUUCGUACUAUGAAAGCAUGCUACACUGUCAGGGAGGGUGACUUGCGAAUCAUCAGGCCCUUCAUCUAUGUUCGAGAGAAGGAACUGAGAGAGUUUGCUGAGACCAAGAGUUUACCUGUGAUCCCAGAGAAUUGCCCUGCUUGCUUUGAGACUCCAAAGGAGAGGUACAGAACAAAGCAACUGCUGGCACAGCAAGAAAUCCUCUUUCCAACCCUCUUCAAUUCCUUGCGGGCUACAAUGCACCCCUUGAUGGCAAUAGGAGAAACUGGAGUGGAAUCGCUUCUCUCCACACACACAGCAGGGCUUUCAAAAAGACUUAAUUCUAUCCACCAUGAUGAUGAUGACAAUUUUUGAUUUCUCCAAACAUAGUGCUUUCAUGACAUUCCAUGGCAAUGUCAAAAUGUAAUAUGUACAGUACAGCAGGGAAUCAAUGGCUCUAUAGGAGAAGGUUAUUGGGCAUUAUCACAUAUUACUUGUUCUGGUAUCAUUACACAGUACUUACAAAAUAAUCUUGAGUACAUUUUCAGUACCAUCAUUAUGUUGACAUUUAUUCUUGUGCUGUCAUUUUGGACAUUGUGCAAUGGCCAGUAUUGAUUCAUUUCCUAUGGAUUUUUACAUCAUUUCAUUUAAAAUCAUCAACUCUCAUUAGCUGGACCUUAUAGGAUGGGAACAUUUCAGAAUGUCCUCAUGUUUUAUCUCAUUUGUUCAGCUCAUUGUUUCAUCCAUGCCAUGCAUGUCUUAGGUUUUUGCUGCUU